AUGGCGGCGGCAGCAGCAACAACAAUGGUGGCAGCUACCUUGGUAAGAAAGCCGCAAACUCCUCCUAUGUUGGGAGCACUCCCUACCAACGUUGGCCAGGUCAUGUUUGGGCUAAAGGCUGGUGGUCGAGGAGGAAGGGUGACAGCAAUGGCUACCUACAAGGUAACCUUGGUUACACCUUCGGGUAGUCAGGUGAUUGAGUGUGGCGAUGAUGAGUACAUCUUGGAUGCUGCUGAGGAGAAGGGAAUGGACUUACCUUACUCAUGCCGUGCAGGUGCGUGCUCUUCAUGCGCCGGAAAGGUGACCUCAGGCAGUGUGGACCAAUCAGACCAGAGCUUCUUAGAGGAUGGACAGAUGGAAGAAGGCUGGGUUCUCACAUGUAUUGCUUACCCUACCGGUGAUGUCACUAUUGAGACUCACAAAGAGGAGGAGCUCACUGCUUAA